AUGGUCGAGCCGCAGCUGUUCUGUGGGCCCCAGUUUGUGUUGGAGGUACCGGCGGAACACCCGCAGCCGAUACAGCCAGAUGUAUUGCUGCAGCUACAGACAGAGUUGUAUAGUCUUUUAACACCAACCGUACUCCGCAAGAUACAUACAACGCACGGCAGUCAUAGUGGCAGCGGCGACCUUGUGCCACCACACCCAGAUUCUCUUCUUUUUAUUGACAUGGAGUCAACACCGCCGACAGACGCCGGCAACGAGGACGAUUACAUUCACGUCCUUCUUCUUGUUACAGACUCCCGUGCGGCGGCGGAGCUUUUCAGCAUUGGGCUGAGGAAUCCCUUUAUUGCCCUGCCUCACCGCAUGCGGUUGCGCAACCAUUAUGCAGGGGGUGGCGGAAAACCACGUGCCCCACCUGCGGAGAUCUUGAGAAAGAAGGAAUCUCUGCGAUCCCGUAUGAAUUUCGAUGAGGACUUGUGGGAAAAGUUGCAGAAGGCCCUCACACCGGAGUGGCUGCAGGAGUUUGAGUCUCGUUAUUGCCAAAUCCCUGAAGGGGGCGGGGCGCUCCCCAUGCGGGACGCGGAGCAGCAUGAACAGCGUGUGGAGAGUUUGCUGCGGUACUGUGAGCGAGAGGUGCAGUACGUUGGCGUGAUGGACGAGGAGGGCAACGCGAGUCCAUUCCUUCUCGCGAUGGGCGUCUUCUACCGCUUUGGACUUACUUACCGUGAUGCGUUUGUGCACUUUGUGCGUCAUCCACGGCGCCCCAUUCGUGCCUUGGCACUUUUUAUAGCACGUUACACCGCCGCCCCGGAGGAGCUGGAGCCCUUCUUCGCACCGUCCCUCACAGACGAGGUGACAAUUGCAUGCGCAGAGGACGCGAAUGUGACGACGUCAAUGCGACAACUCUGUGCGGAUCUUCUGCUGUGCGAUGAGGUGUGCGAGGCGUGGCCACCGACCUAUCACGCGUACUGGGUCGAGCACAAGGUGCGUCCCAUGAUGCAGCGCAUUGAGGCGGAGUGUAAGCGGCGCGAGGAACUGCGACUGACACGUAGAGAUGAAGGUAGCGGUGGGGGAAUAAGGGCGGCAGCGAACAUGACCCCGACCAACGCAUCCAGAGGGAAUGAGGAGACAAAAGUGCGGGGAUCGGGCGGAGGCGUCGGUGUGUUUGGCUUCCGGAAUAUGAGGGAGUUGCAGGCGUACGUUAGGGAGAGGGAGCGGGUGUUGGUGCCGCAGCGCAUCUUGUCUAUGACAGCGGCGCCAAAAGAGGGUGACGGCGACGGUGACUACUACAGCGACCUCGACGACGACGAUGAUGGGGAUGACGACGACUUCCUGAUCAAAGUGCGGGUGGAGGGCAGCAGGAGUGGGAGAGGUGCUGCCCGCCCCACACAAACAGCCCCGCAGGAGGCCCAAAAGCAAAAGCGGGGCGCGGAACGAAGAAAAAGGGCGCGUGAGUCGGAAAUAACGACCAAUACGCGUGCGUUGGUGAUGACAGGGGCGUACCGCACAGUUCUUCGUCUGCUUGGCCGCACGGAGCCGUUUGAUAGGCGUGGGGAGCACUAUUUGACGUUCUAA